GUCGGCCGCCACCGCCCGCGCCGCCCUUCCCUAGCCUGCCGUCCGUCGCCGUCCGCGCUGCUCGUACCCAGCCCGCUGGCCGCCUGCGCUGCUCUCCCGCGAGCAGAGGCGGCGCACUCGUCCUGCAUCCUCACCGCCAGGCAGCCGAUUAUCGCGGGAGCCACAGAAAUGUCUCUUGCUGCUGCUGCUGUUGCUGCACCUUCCCCGGCGCCGUCAUGGGCAUACCAGAUCCGCAUGGCUGCCUCCCAGGGCCAAUUCCUCCACGCCGUCUCCCUCUUCCUGCAAAUGCGGAGCUCUGUUGCGCCCCGAUCAUCUGUUCCGGCCUCCCUCCCGGCUGCACUCAAGUCCUGCGCUGCCCUUGGCCUCGGCGCCCUCGCUGCGUCUCUCCACGCACUGGCCAUCCGCUCCGGCGCCUUUGCUGAUCGCUUUACUGCCAAUGCCCUCCUCAACCUCUAUGCCAAGCUCCCACAUUUUCAUCGCCCUUUUGGGACAGAUGGUUCAGGAAGCCUGGAAUCAGCUUCAUUUGAGAGCAUGCAGAAAGUAUUUGAUGAAAUGCUCGUGAGGGAUGCAGUGUCUUUGAACACUUUGAUAUUGGGAUGUGCAGAGAACAAGAUGCACCAAGAAGCUCUGAGCAUGGUUAGGGAGAUGUGGAAGGAUGGAGUAAAGCCUGACUCAUUUACCCUGUCAAGUGUGCUGCCAAUCUUUGCGGAGCGCGCUGAUAUCAAGAGAGGCAUGGUGGUCCAUGGGUUUGCUGUCAAGAAUGGGCUCGACAAUGAUGCUUUUGUUGGAAGUAGCUUGAUCGAUAUGUAUGCUAACUGCACUCAAUUGGAUUACUCUAUGAAGGUGUUCGACAGCUUCUCAGAUUGUGAUGCAAUUCUGUGGAACUCGAUGCUUGCAGGUUGUGCACAAAAUGGGUCAGUUGAGGAAGCUCUUGGAAUAUUCCGUCGGAUGCGGCAAGCUGGAGUGAGGCCCGUGCCUGUGACUUUCUCAAGCCUUUUACCUGCCUGUGGCAAUUUGGCAUUGUCGCGUCUUGGGAAGCAGCUGCAUGCCUAUUUGAUCCGUGCCAGAUUUAAUGAUAACACUUUUAUAUCUAGCUCCCUUAUUGACAUGUAUUGCAAGUGUGGGAAUGUUAGCAUUGCUCGCCGCGUCUUUAAUGGGAUACAAUCACCUGACAUUGUAUCAUGGACUGCAAUGAUCAUGGGUUAUGCAUUGCAUGGUCCAGCAACCGAGGCUUUUGUGUUGUUUGAGAGAAUGGAGUUGGGAAAUGUAAAGCCUAAUCAUAUCACUUUUUUAGCAGUUUUGACUGCAUGUAGUCAUGCUGGAUUGGUGGACAAGGGAUGGAAGUAUUUUAACAUUAUGUCUGACCACUAUGGAAUUGUUCCUUCACUUGAGCAUUGUGCAGCACUUGCAGACACCCUUGGUCGUGCAGGAGAGUUAGAUGAAGCAUAUAAUUUCAUCUCUGAAAUGAAAAUAAAACCAACUUCAAGUGUUUGGUCCACCUUGUUAAGGGCUUGCAGGGUCCACAAAAACACUAUUUUAGCUGAGGAAGUGGCUAAGAAGAUUUUUGAGCUUGAACCUAGGAGCAUGGGAUCUCAUGUAAUUUUGUCGAACAUGUAUUCAGCUUCUGGGAGAUGGAAUGAAGCAGCACACCUACGGAAAUCUAUGAGAAACAAAGGUAUAAAGAAGGAACCAGCUUGCAGUUGGAUUGAAGUGAAGAACAAAUUGCACGUGUUUGUAGCUCAUGAUAAGUCCCAUCCUUGGUAUGAUAAAAUUAUUGAUGCAAUGAAUGUUUACUCAGAACAGAUGAUUCGUCAGGGAUAUAUUCCCAAUAUGGAGGAUGUUUUACAGGACAUUGAAGAGGAGCAGAAGAGAGAUGUGUUAUGUGGUCAUAGUGAGAAACUUGCAAUAGUAUUUGGUAUUAUCAGCACACCACCUGGAACAACAAUACAUGUGAUGAAGAAUCUCCGAAUUUGUGUUGACUGCCAUACGACAACAAAAUUUAUUUCAAAGAUAGUUGCAAGGGAGAUUGUUGUGCGUGAUGUAAACCGAUUCCACCAUUUCAAGGAUGGGAAUUGUUCCUGCGGAGAUUUUUGGUGAUUCAGCAAUCAGGAUGUCUUUAAAAGAUUGAGGGCAUGUUUGCUAGUGCUUGGACACCCCUCUCCAGGGCACCUUACAGUCGAUAUCAUGGUGGCAUUGUGUCUUCUUUAGUCAUCAUCUUAUGCUAUAUCUACUACUAUGUAAAUGCCAUGUGAGUUACCCGUAGGCUAGUUUCUGGCUACCCCAUGCUUGCAACUUGUCCGAAUGCCAAGCAGGGGCUGCCACCACUUUAAACCUCUGCCAUCUACAGAUCUUCUCUUUGCAACUCAGAAAUCAGGUAAAAUUUUCCUUUAUGCACUUAUAAGAUGCCUGGCCGAUAGGGAUGAAAACGGUACGGAAAUGUAUCGACCGUACCGAUACCUUUUUGAAAAUAAUAUAAAAAUGAAAUCUUACCGACCAUUACCGUUUUUAAAAUUUAACAUUUUUAGUUUCUGUCUGAACUUUAUUGAAUUUCACACCUAGUGUAAUUCAUAAAUUUUCAUAAAUAUGGAAAUUUCCCAACCGUACCGAUACCGUUUCCGAAUAUAUUAUUAAAAUAUGAUACUGUUUCCGACCGUUUUCAUCCCUGCUGGCCGAUGUACCAGCUGACAUGCACUGGACUCUUAGUGGCUCUGUGAUCCUUAUUCCUCUUGACCUCUCCUAGUAAUUCCAAACUCCCCUUGCAUUCUUUAAGACUGUCUUAUGACAGCAUGGAUGUUGGCUCUGGUGGACACCAGCAGGUGAUCUGUGCUCGAUACGACUGGUGCUCCUGGGGAUGGAAGAGACUCACUACUAACGCUGCAGUGGAUGGAAUAGAGUCACUACCCUAUCUACUUCCCUUCUGUCGUUAGUCUCUGUUGUGGGGAGAUGUAGCUGUGGGUAAAGAGGGAUGAUGGCUCCGUCGUUGUACACUUGUCCACAGCGCUACCUUUUGCACCGUCUAAAAUUAGUAAAGAGUAUUUCAAUCCAUUGUAUCAUUUCCUGUGUAAAUGUUCUAAUUGUUUAGUUAGAUUGCAACUCUUGUACCACGCUUACAUCUGUUGUUUACCCAUGGAUUCUCUUCAGCCAAUGAACUAUAGGAAGAUGAAACUGGCUGAUGCAGUGAGGCAGACACCACAUUUAAUUUGUAGCUUCAGCCUUCAGAGACGGUGGCUGCGAGGUCUUCAGCAACCCUGAGGCCGAGUUGCUGAGAUCAUGGAUUUCUUUUUACUGGACACAAUAGAUGGAUUCCUUGAAUAUCCUUGCGAGAAUUUUCACCCUAAGCCUAGCACCGAUUGAAUCCUCUUUGACUUAUUUUUAUUACUCUUAAAAAAUACCUUUGUUACAUACUCCCAGGUAUUAUCCUCUUUUGUUGUUUUGUUAUUUCAGCCAGCAGUGGUUGGGCUUAUUUAUUGGGGCCUGGUUAUCACAAAUUUUAAUUUUCAUUGUAAAUAUUUUAGUACAUGCUUUUGUUGAUUUGCUAGUGCAAAGGCUUCCACUUAACCAAUUAAUGCAUCUUUCGAAGGCUCUCGUUCAGAUGAUUUGUGUUGCUCUGUGUGACUGUAGAAAACUUGUUUUGACGGUCCUCUCACUGGAGAGAAUCUCAAGUGCUUCUUUUAUAUUAUGUUGAGCAAUUUAUUACACGUUUAGUGAAAUUUUAUAAAGGGUUUGCACACUCUGCAGUUCUGUCUGAAGCUUGCAUUGCUAGCAGCAUUACCAGAAUUCUAUGGAGGUUUAAAUGGUAGAGUUGUGUAUAUUGACACUGAAUCCAAAUUCUCUUCAUGGAGAUCUAUAGCAGAGUUCUCACCGAUUCCUGUUGUUGUUACAAACCAAGUACGCAGUCAAAGUAACGAUGAUGGCUAUCAUUAUUCAUUUGAAGGUCUGGGCAUCGAAGAAAACAGAUUAUCUUUUGGACACUUUGUUGGGAUGGAAUAGUGUUUCUAUUGUUCUCCUGCAGGUGAGAAGUAGGAUGGCAGUAGUAGUGCUGACAGGUUUGAAUCUCAUCUUGUUGCUGCUCUAGGAAUCCAGUGGGCUCAUGCUGUAACUAUACGUCUAGUCUUUGAGGCUCACUCAGGUUUGUCUAAUUAUUUUUGUAUUCAUAAUGAAACAAGCGCCUAUCAGUACUAUUAAUACCUUUUAUGUACCCAUCAUCUGAUACGCUGCAUGACAAUGCAAUAGGAAAGUCUUAACUACAUUUGAUUUCAGUUUCAUCUAUGUACAUGCACUAUUUAUCUCCUUACAACUUUAAAUUAUAGUAUACCAUUUUUAACAUACACUGUGACACAAUUGAACAUUAUGAAUCGACCCAAAUUAGUCCUACAUUUUUGUAAUAUUGAAUGGACGAAAUGAUGAUUUAUCUAUCUUUUAGUAUUGUUAGUUUGUUAUAUUUAUGCUUACCUUGUGCGUACAAGAUGAUCUAGAUUACUGUAAUGUUUUCACUCAAUAAAACACCUUCCUAUAGUAUCUACUAUAAGUGUAAAGUAAAGCAAGCAUCAAGCUUAAUCGUCCCCCUCCCUAAUCAAACGUUUGUCGUGAUUAACCGCCGGUUAAUUGGACAAGCAAAUUUAUGAUCAGCUGAUUGAGUUGAUUGCACCAAAUCGGAGUUCUGGGGGACGAUCAAUCAGAUGAUCAGAUAACAUUGGUGAAUAAACUGCAAGUUGGUAUAGCUUUCUGCAUUGUGAUGCAGUGGAAAGUAUUAGCAUGAGUAUCACUAUUGUUCAGUUCUUUCAUUAUAGGAUCAGAUAAUGUUGGCGCAUCCGCGCAUGACCCUGUUAGUUAGAAUUUGGUAUAGCUUUCUGCAUUGUGAUGCAGUUGUCAGUGUUAGCAUCAGUAUUACGACAGUUAAGUUCUUUCAUUAUAGCUUAUAUGUUUACUGUGCUAGUUUUGUGUGAGUUAUACAAGCUGCACUUAUAUAGGUCACAGGUUCAUCAAGGUAGCUAAAUCACCUAUGUCUCCAGCAGUAGCUUUUCCCUUUACUGUGGAGUCAUCAGGAAUAGUAUUACUUAGUGACGAGGGCAUUGAUGUGCCAGGUCCUGAGAUAACCUCAAUUCGUUGUCAAGGAGAAAAUGUCCUGGCUCAGUGACUAUUUGAAUGCUACUGCACUUACAACUAACAAGAGGUUGUAAUGUAACAAAUGAAGAUAUUUCUCCAGUCCCCAUGGAUGGCACAAAUAAUGGCUGAUUCAUGCAG